CUCCUCCUCCUCCUCAUCCUCCUCGGGUGGUGGGGUGGUGGGGUAGGGCUCGCACGUGGCCUCCUGCCUGCGCGGCCAGGCGCCCCCCAUGCUUCCGCGGGCGAUGGCCCGCGGGGCCCGUGCCAUCUCGGGAGCGGGCGCCGCGCCGCCCCUCCAGCAGUGGCGAGGCCGUGAUGAAGCUCUUCUGCAACACGCCGCUGUGCUUCGAGCUCCAGGCGUCCAGCCGCUUCCAGGACCCGAAACUCAGGGACCUCAUGGCGUUCCUGCGCAAGCCGGGGAAGCAGGUCCCGCCGGCCAUCCGGGCCACGUGGAACGCCAUGCAGCUGAAACCCGAUGAUCGUAGACUCCGGGAGGA